AAUAAAACGCACCAACGUAAGUUGAUAAUGAAAUCUUUACUUACGAAUGAAUCGUUUUUAAACGUGUACGAAUUUCUUUACAAUUAUUUAUCUUGUCACAGUCAGUAUCUGAUUACGUGAAGUGUUUACAAAGAGCAUUUAUUAUAAUUAAAUUCGAGUACAUUUACAUUUCAGUGUUUAUAUAACUGACAGUGCGCUGUAGAACAUCAACGAUAAAUGUCGGACUUUAAAGUAGGAAUUAUCGGUGCUGGUGUUGUAGGUCUGACUACUGCUCUCGAAUUAAAAAAUCAAAUUCGGAAUGCCGAAGUAACAAUUAUCGCCGAUAAGUUUCAUCGUGACACUACUAGUUAUGUUGCGGCAGGUUUGUUUCGACCAGGAACGAGCUUCCGAGGGCCAACCGAAGAAGUUACAUAUGAAUGGAUACGAAACGCUUACAACUAUUGGACGGACAUUAAAAGAACUCCUGAAGCUCACAAAGCCGGGGUGAAGGAAUUGUCAGGCUACAUAUUUUCAAGCACACAUAUUAGCAUUACAAAAAAUAAUUAUCUGGAGAAAAUACUGCCAGUAUAUAGGACGGCCACUGAAGGGGAAUUAAAAUUAUGUCCAGGUACGUGGAAAUAUGGUUCAUUUUAUAGUACCAUCCUCACAGAGUGUGAUUUAUUUCUUCCUUGGGUUACACGUAAAAUUAAAGAGUUAGAUGGAAAAUUUAUUUCACAGAAAGUGGAUAGUUUUAGUGACAAAAUCAUGGAUUUUGAUGUAAUUGUUAACUGCACGGGAAUGGGGGCUAAAUAUUUGUGUAAUGACAACUUAUUGGUACCUCUUCGUGGCCAGGUGUGGAAAGUAGAAGCACCGUGGAUAAAACAUUUCUUUUAUGUAGAUUAUGACACGUAUAUAAUCCCAGGAUUUGAAGGUGUAACCUUAGGGGGUUGCAGACAGUAUGAUUCAUAUAAUUUGGAAGUGGAUAAGUAUGAUGGCCUAGCAAUUAAAGAAAGAUGUGAAUCUCUUUUGCCAGAGUUAAAAAACGCAAGAGUUAUUGGUCAAAGGGUAGGAUUGCGACCCCACAGAAGUGUGGUCAGAGUGGAAAAGGAAAUUGUAAUGAGCAAGGGAAAACGUCAGAAAAUUGUCCAUAAUUAUGGGCACGGUGGCUACGGGGUAAUGGUGUCUCCAGGAACUGCAAUUCAUGCAGUGAAAUUAAUAAAAGAAUUGUGGAUGGGACACAGCAAAUUGUAACUUGCAAAAGUGAAAAAAACUAUAACAUUCACAAUUUGUAAUUAAUCAGGCCAUAGAAAUGUAAGGGAAGGGCCCAAAAAAAUUUGUAUUCAGCUUCACCUGGAGCAGAAAAGAGUAAGAGAAAUAUUUUAAAAGAUAUUAAUUGAUAUAAUGGGUAGUUACAUUCACAACACAGAAAUAAACGUUAUUAUUCAAUAUUAGCAACAAAAUAUAAGAUGAUAUUCUAUUAUAAAUAUUGUAUAAGUUUAUUAUUUUUACUUUCUAAAUGGUAAAAAAAUUUUCAAAGCACUAUUAUAAACACAUAUUUGUUACGUAGCGUUGUUAAUUUAUUUUCAGGAUUUUAACCGUAGUGAUUGAUAUAAAUAUUUUUGGAUUGAUAAGAUAAGUAAAAUUUUUUUUAAUCUUAGAAUUUAGGAACGCAACUUUAAUUACAACAAUUAUUUAACUGUUAAGUUGUAGAGUAACAAAAACCAUUCUAUAAACCAAUAAGUAAAUUGAUGUGUAACUACCGGUAAGGGUGAAUUUUUCAUUAUUUUUUACAACAGACUUCCAUAAUAAUUUUGUGCAACUAUCCUUAUUUGAGCUAACGUUUCCGGCCCUGUUGUGGGCUAUCUCUUAAAACUUUCUGUGUCAAUAUUAUAACAAAUAUAGAAUAAUAGAUAUUGAUAUUGAAAAGCUGAAACGUUAGCUAAAUUAAUUCUGGAAGUCUGUUUUGAAAAAAGGUCAAAAAUUCGCUCUUAUAAUAUUCCAUUAAAUGUUAUCUUCACUGGAUAAGUUAUAAAAUCUCGAAUAAAAUGCAACCAAUAAAAUUAAUAUUUUCCUUUUA